GGCUCGGCUCACGUGCGCAGGGCGGCUGGAGCCGGAGCCUCCCGGUUCCCCGUCCGCCAUGGAGCGGCUAACGUUACCUCCUGGCGGCGCGGCGGCAGUGGACGAGUACGUGGAGUACCGGAGAAUUGUUGGUGAGGAUGAUGGAGGGAAACUUUUUACUCCUGAGGAAUAUGAAGAAUACAAAAGAAAAGUCUUACCUAUGCGUUUACAGAACAGAUUGUAUGUGAGUUGGCGAUCACCCAUGGGAAUGGAUUGUAAACUUGUGGGUCCAGAGACACUGUGUUUUUGUACACAUAGGUAUAAGCAACAUAAAACUGACUUUGAAACGAUUCCUCUACAGCGCCCCAUCAGUCUGCCUUGCCAAGUGAGGGGCUGCCCUUGCAGGGCUUACCUCUAUGUGCCUCUGAACGGCACACAGCCCAUUCGCUGCAGAUGUAAGCACUUUGCUGAUCAACACAGUGCGGCCCCUGGCUUUGUAUGCAAUGCCUGUUCUAAGUGUUCAGGAUUUCACAGUUGCUUCACUUGUGCUUGUGGUCAGCCUGCAUAUGCCCAUGACACAGUAGUGGAAACUAAGCAAGAAAGACUGGCUCAGGGAAAGCCAGUGGGGCAGGAUGUUCCUUAUGCAGCAAUGGGAGGAUUAACUGGCUUCAGCUCGCUGGCAGAAGGCUACAUGCGAUUAGAUGACAGUGGAAUUGGUGCACCAUCAGCUGAAUUUUUAGACUCUCCAGUUACGGCCAUGGACCACCCAUUUCUAAAGGCAUUUCAAGCAUCAUCUAGCUCUUCUCCAGAAACGCUAACAGUAGGUACAAGUAGUCAAGUUUCUUCCUUAAGGAAACCGGAAGAGGACGAUAUGGCUUUCUUUGAAAGACGACACCAGGAGAGGGAACUUGGGCAGUGUUGACUGCCUUGAAAACAUGUGAAUAGUAUUUGCUUGUGGCAAGGUAAAUGGGGGAGUUCUUAUCUGUGAAUGUUUUAGGGGAUAUCCCUGGCCCAUCCAGACCUAGAAUUUAUGGAUUUAUUGGUUGUAGUUUUAUUAUAGCUCUUAAGCCUGUGUGAUGAAUGGAGUGUAAAAACUAAGAAACUCAAACCUAACGACUUUCUCUCAGCUGACCUGUACCAUUCACAUUACUAGUGCUUGUCUUAUACUCCAAAAAACUUAAGACAAGCACCAUUGAGGGAAAAGGACAAUUAGGAAGCUGAAUCUGAUGGGUUCAGGGCCGCCUGUAGAAAGCAGUAACAUCCAAAUCUGGUUUUGCUUUUUGCUAAUCAGUAUCAUUGGGUGUGGGGAAAAGUUGGUUUUGAUAAUUAAAGCUUUUGUGGUAAAAUAGCUUACUAACUACAUCUAUAUCUUAUUGAAGAGUUGCUUCUUAGCUUGUUUUAUAUAUCAGGUCAACUUGUUUUCUUCCAUUGUGGAUGACCUUUGGUCUCUUUUCCCUAUAAAAGGAGAAUUGUAUUAAGGAAACAAUUAUUAAAGGUCAACUAGUUGCACAAUACUGUGUUAAUGCCAGAAAAUUUUUUUAAAAGGGAGCAAAAAGAGAUGUUUUGCCAUUUGGACACUGUA